GACGCUCCACUUGGGCUUGUCUUCCAUCACAUUACCAUACACUCUCCACCUUUUUUGUUUUAGGGAUUUGUUUGUUUGUUCUAGCAGACUACUCUUUGAUGUAGUUUCGAUUGAAAAAAACCAACAUUAUUCUUGUUUGCUGAAAGGAAACAAAAAGGAGUUUUUUGUGUGAUGGCUGACUGAUAAGAAUUGGCCACGUUUUUUUGUGCACAUGCCUGGUCGUGUUUUUUUUUUAGUGAUCGUGUCUUAUAUUCGUUACUUAAAUCAUCAUAAUGAUCUGUCGUGUCGGUCGAUCGUCGUGUGUUUUGAAGGAAUUUCAGUCAAUCAGGAAUUAAAAACGCUGUACUGUUUUUAAAAACAAAUCUAUUUUGAUUGGACUGUUGCAAAGAAAAAUAACACAAAGAACUCCAUCACCAUUAAUUGUUGGUGGACAUCGAGGGAGGAGCGUUGGGUAGGUUUUGUUCCCCCCACCCGGUGGAAUUGAUCCUCGGCCAUGACAGAGAAGCGCUGGCGGUUAGCAGCAGCAACAGCAGCGGCAGCUGGCAACGGGAAAUUCUUUAGAAGAGAGAAAGCAAAGCGGGCGAAAAGGAGACAAUCACAACACCAGCCAAGAACAGCGGCAUGUCGGCUAUGUAUUCAACGUGCGUACAAGGCCGUCGGCGGCGGAGGCACCGUGCCGGACGAGAUGGAUCGAUCGGCCAAGAGCCAGCACAGCCGAGCCAAGCAGCGAUACAACGACCAGCCGUUGGCUUAUCAUUAGCUGACCAGCAGAACAGACGGCCGAGUCGAUUUUCAUGGUCGUGUAGCGGACUGGCCCAACUUGUUUUACCGCCACUGCUCAUCUUGCUUUCUAUUGGCUGCCCGGCUGCGGCCGAUCAGGACGCCAAGCGGCUCUACGAGGAUCUGCUCACCGACUACAACCGGCUCAUCCGCCCGGUCGGCAACAACUCGGAUCGGCUCACCGUCAAACUCGGUCUCAAACUCUCGCAGCUCAUCGAUGUCAAUUUGAAGAAUCAAAUUAUGACGACCAACAUGUGGGUGGAACAGGAAUGGUUCGACUACAAGCUAAAAUGGGACCCGGAGGAAUACGGCGGCGUUAAGACGCUCCACGUCCCGUCCGAGAACAUCUGGCUGCCCGAUAUCGUCCUCUACAACAACGCCGACGGCAACUACGAAGUGACCAUCAUGACCAAAGCCAUUCUGCGCCACGACGGGACGGUGACGUGGAAGCCGCCGGCCAUCUACAAGUCUUUCUGCGAGAUCGACGUCGAGUAUUUCCCUUUCGACGAGCAGACUUGCUACAUGAAAUUCGGAUCGUGGACUUCCGACGGAAACACGGUGGAUUUGCAACAUUUACACCAGACGCCCGACUCUAACGUGAUUCAGGUGGGCAUCGACCUUCGCGAGUACUACUUGAGCGUCGAGUGGGACAUUAUGGAGGUGCCGGCCCAGCGCAACGAGAAAUACUACAGCUGCUGCGGCGACACGCCGUUCCCCGACAUCUUCUUCAACAUCACGCUGAGACGGAAGACGUUGUUCUACACGGUCAAUUUGAUCAUCCCUUGCGUCGGCAUUUCGUGCCUCUCGGUGCUCGUUUUCUACCUGCCGGCCGACUCUGGCGAGAAGAUGUCGCUCUGUGUCUCCAUUUUACUCUCGCUGACCGUGUUCUUCCUGCUGCUGGCCGAGAUCAUCCCGCCGACGUCGCUGACGGUCCCCUUACUCGGCAAAUACCUCCUCUUCACCAUGAUACUAGUGACGCUCUCCGUCCUGGUGACGAUCAUUGUGCUCAACGUCAACUUCCGCUCGCCGUCGACGCACCGGAUGGCGCCCUGGGUCAAGCGCGUCUUUAUCGGAUUCCUGCCGAAACUGCUGUGCAUCACCAGGCCGCCCAGGACGCAGCAGCUCAGCGAGUGGGAGCUCAACGCUCUGCCGACCCGCGGCACCGAGAUCUCCAUCAUCCCCGUCGGCCAGCAGCAGCAGCAGCUGCGAAGCGGAUGCGGAGAUUCUUCAUGGCCGCUCAAUUGCUCGUCUACGACGGCCGUUCCGGCCCCCACUUCGGGUGGAGGUACGUCGUCUUCCAUUGACAUGGAAAUGCCGUACAGACAAACGCCGGUCAAGCAAGGCCAGCAAAGCUGCGGUGGCACGGCUUCCGCUUCCCGAAACGGCCGUUCCAGUCAGUUAUCCGGGCCGCCGCCGCCGCUGGCCGCCGCUGUGGCGGCAGCCGAGAAUGGCGCUGCCUGUCAACAGCACGGAUGUAAUAACAGCGGAGUCAUACAGCGGACGUCCAUCCAUCAGCAGCCGGCCCUGCCCGUCGAGAUGGAACACUCUAUCGAAGACGUGCGCUUCAUCGCUCAACACAUGAGGAACAAGGAUCGCUUCGACAGCGUUAUCGAAGAUUGGAAGUUUGUGGCCAUGGUGCUCGACCGCUUCUUCCUCUGGUUGUUCUUUGUGGCCUGCGUCGCCGGCAUGGCCAUCAUCAUCCUACAGGCGCCCUCCCUUUACGACACCACCCAACCCAUCGACAUCAAAUAUUCCAAAAUCGCCCAGAAGAAGCUCAAACUCAAGAACAUGGAUCACGAUUUUGCGUUCACCUAAUACGAAGACAAGCUCAGUGGUUACCUAAAGCUGUAACAGCAAAAAAAAAAAAAAAAAAAAAAAAACAAGUAAUAAAGAUAAAUGAAACUGUGAGGGGAAAACAAACGAACAAAAUUUAUAAAAUUAUAUCUGAAAAAAAAGUGUGGAUUUUUGGUUUACAGCGGUGGCGCUAGUGUUGCUCCUCCACAUUGUUAUUUUUGACAGUGUUCAAAACCAUCGGCAUGCUAUCAACUCGCAAUAACAAUGGAGAAGCCAAUUUCACUCAUAGAUAGCUAAAAAAAAAAAAAUUAUAAUCAACAAACGAAAGCCAAAAACAAAACCAAAUCCCCAUUGAUCGAAAUCGACACAAAAUGUGAAGAAUCUCUGUGCUGCUUAAAUCAUGUUACAUACUUAUCUAUCACGUUUUUCUUGUUUAUUUGUUUUUGAAUCUUUUUUCUUGUUGUGUAUACACUAUCAUGUUUUCCGGUUCUUC